AACACUGCAUACUCAGAGUGGUAAAUGAAUCUCAUGUGUAAAGGCUGACCAACUUUUCAAUUCCUAAAGUGAUUCCUUCAAGUUGUGGAUGUGACAGGUCUUCAGUCAUCGUUUCUGAGCACCUGAAAGACUCCAACAACUCCACCUCCUACAGAGGAUGAAAAGAAAACCUGGGUUUAGAUCUACCUUACAAGGUUUUACAGCUACAUAUCUUCAACUUGUGGUAGUGGAGAUCGUUGCUAUCUCCUAGGAAUGAAAUGGAGAAUGAUGUAAACAUGUUGGUGGUUGAGCUGUCGACCCUGCAGCUUGCUGAGGUUGUGUGUUUGUUUCUCACAGCCCUGAGUCACUGUUACUCUGAGUGGGAAGGGUGAAUGGGCAAUAGCUUGGAGUUGUCAAGCUGACAUUCAGUGCCCAAACCUAUUUUUAAUUGUUAGUCUCAGUGGCACCCAGCGGGCUCACUUAGCAACACUCAGCUUCUGAGAGCUCUCACACAGGGAAGAUGCAGAAGUCCUCAUAAAUUAAUGUUUGUGUGAGGUUUUGUUGGCCGUUGGUUUAAUCAACCUUUGCAUGUUGAACCAAGGAUGUAAACAUGGAGCUAAUGAAUUCUACACAGCGAGUAAUUGCUGUGCUACAGGAAAGCUUUAAGUCCGUGCUGUUUGCUGCACUGGUGCAAGUGGUCCUUGGGUGGUCUGAGGUUGAGUUUCAAAUGAAAGUCAUUAAAACAUCCCCGUAGAGAAGUCUGAUUCUGGAGCUUUCUGGAGCAUGGAGGUGGUGGGGCUGUCCAGGACACAGCGUGGACUUUGCCUCACCAGGUGUCAUCUGAAGGGUUUAUGUUCUUUGUGCAGUCCUCAGCAGUGUGACUCAGAAGUGGCCUCUGUGGCUUCUCACACCAGUCGGGAGCUUUCUGUUUCUCAUCUUCUGGUCUUUGAAUGCCUCCCCAGUUGCUUGAAUUGGGGUCUGUGAACAUGACUGGAAUUAAAUCAGCCUAUGACUUUUGAAGCUUUCAACUCCUGCUGUGUCUUGGGGGUCAUAGAACAAACCCCAAGGCCUUUCUAGCUGUUCCUCAGGUGUUUUGGCAAAAGUACUCCCUUUAGAGCAGCACCAGUGCUGAGGCACAGAAGAGAAGUCAAUUGAUUUCUCCAGUUUGGCUCAGCCACCCUGUUCCCCAGAGCUUUCUAAAGUGCUUGUGGCCGGCUGUGGUUUGUCCCUGUGGCUGUGGCAGAGGGUUCUGGACCAGGAGGCCUCUUGAGACCUUGUUCCACCUUAAAUACCUCUCCAUGAUUCUAGCUGGGAGUCUUUGAGCCUGCAUGAGGUUUGUUGAGAGACACCCCCCCCUCUUUGUACACCGAUGAUGGGAUAUGAGGGCAGCCGUGCAGUGUUUAUAUAUAGAAGAGCUUUAGUGCUCUGUGCAUCUGUUUUGAGGUUUGAUUUCCUCAAUGCUGACCCUCUGCAGCAGAGGCUGGUGGCACCUCUGCAGCUGCUUUGUGCAGGAGGCACGUCUGGCUGUUUGUCUAACCCAGGUUAGUGAGUCUCCUAUGAAAUGAAGGAAGUUGUAGCCAUUCAUCUUCCAGCCUAAUGGACCACAGAAAUUACAAGCUGUAGCAUGCAGCUUAAUCUUGCCACGAGGCAGAGUGCUGCAUACUUUGCCUUCAAUUUAUGCAUGCCGUGCCUUUUUAUUAAAUGUAAAAGAGCAGUUGACAGGGUUUCUCCAGAGGACUUGCUUUGGCUACGCUUGGUGGGUAGCCAGCACAUUUCAAUACAGCGCAAAUGAGUGAUGGUGGUUUCUGUACCAUUCGUAACAACCACCUUUGAAACGUGAGGGUGGAGUUAUGGGUUCUCCUCUGUGUGUCAAGCAGCAGAGGAGAGUGAGACAGCUAUUUUAGUUAUAACCCUGCAGGUGACCCACUUCUUGAAGCAUGGCCAUUGCCGUUACGAGAUGCAGGAAGGACUGGAGCAGCGGUUGCGCAUCUGUGCUUGGUCAGGCCUUCACCCAGGGAUGGCUCUUUGCCGCUUUCUUUUCUCUGUUCCUCCUUGUAUUAUAACUUUGAAUUGUCUCUCUGUUGUUGCAGUGUGCAGAGGAGUGAAUGCCCCAUGUUGUGUUAGUGCCUGUCUGCCAUGCUGGCCUGUCUGCCAGGACCAGGUGACCUCUCCUUUCAGCUUCUUUCUUACACGCAGAUGAACACUGGACUUCAGAAAUGGGACACUACACAGAAAAUGAGAUCUGCACAGUAUCCUACCCCAGCAGAAUUGGAUGCUUAUGCUAAGAAGGUCGCCAACAACCCACUGACUAUAAAAAUCUUCCCAAACAGUGUCAAGGUUCCCCAGAGGAAACACAUACGCCGUACUGUGAACGGACUUGAUACUUCGGGCCAGAGGUACAGUCCUUACCCAUCUCAGGCCACCACCAAAACGGGCCUCCUGGCGAUAGUCAAAUCUCCAGCAAAAGGAGUUAUCAAAGACUUUGACGGGACACGCACGCGUCUGCUGCCGGAAGCGAUGAUGAAUCCCCCUUCCACCCCUUACGUUGCACCUAGCACUUUAACCCACCCCCAGGCGCUUGCUCGCCAGCAGGCUCUCCAGCAUGCACAGACUUUGCAGCACCCCCAGAGUAUCCCGCAGCCACAGACUUUGCAGCACCCUCAGGGUAUACCCCAGCCACAAAGCUUACCGCACCCUCAGGGGAUCCCGCAGCCGCAGGCGCUGCCGCACCCUCAGAACAUGCAGCAGCCUCAGGGCUUGCAGCAUCCUCAGACCAUGGCACACCAGACUCUGCAGCACCCCCCAAAUCCUUUGCUGCAGCCGGGUUUACAUGGAAGCAGAAAGAUGCCGGAUGCAGACGCGCCGCCGAAUGUGACCGUGUCUACCUCAACCAUUCCCCUCUCUAUGGCUGCCACCCUGCAGCAGAACCAGCCACCGGACCUGAGCAGCAUUGUGCACCAGAUUAACCAGUUCUGCCAGGCCAGAGCUGGCAUUAGCACUACCUCAGUGUGUGAGGGACAGAUUGCAAACCCCAGCCCUAUAAGUCGCAACCUGCUUAUCAAUGCAAGUACCAGGGUAUCUACUCACAAUGUCCCUACACCCAUGCCUUCCUGUGUAGUUAACCCUGUAGAUCAUGCUGCUGCUGCUAUUCCUCCUGCCUCUGUUAAUGUGCCCAUGGUGAAUAUUAACAGGGUGCCGCCCGCGUACCAGAACGAAAUCAAAUCGGUUGCGUGGAACCAGCACCAGCUUGCACAUCUGCAGCAAAUGUGUGGGGAUGCUGCUGGGCCUGCUGGACUCGCAGGGAAGCACCCCCAGAGAGAGAUCACCGGGCAGAGCUUCCCUGUCAAAACUUCAAACUACCCUCAAGAACUGUGCAUGGGCCAGUCCUUCAGCUUGAAGCCCCCCAUCGAGAAGCCUACACCUUCUCCACCUGUGAACGGGUUGCAGGGACCCUUGCCAUAUACCAAUGGGCACUAUUUCCAGCCCAUCUGGAAUAACAUUCUGCCCACACCCAACAGUGACAGCUCUGGGUCCCAGGACCUCGCCAUGCCUUUCCACGGGGGACAGCCGGCAGGAGCACCGCUAGAUUGUGCAGGAGGAACUCAUUACAGAGCUGGAGCUGGCCCAUCCAGCCAGAAUAACGUGAUGCAGACCAUGGAUUACCUAAGUGGGGACUUCCAGCAGUCCUGCUUCAGAGAUCAGAGCAUGGCCGUGCUGGGAAAAGUCCAUCGGCCUCCCAUGAACCGAGCACCUGAACCAACCGAUAGUCGAAAUCUUCAUAUUCAACACCCAGGGUAUAGAUAGGCUGCAGUCACUUUCACAGACAAAAAAAAACAUAGAGGUUUAGUCUUAAUUUUAAUGAAUAAGCAAGGCAUUUUUAACUUGCAAACUUGUGUGAUCAUUAUAGUAACCAUCUGAAGAUGACAUACUGUAUAUUUAAAAGCUUUGCUUACGUGUUACCUAUCUCCUUUCUGUAUCAGAUACUUAACAUGCCUUUUGUGUCAGAGGAUUUCAUUACACUACUUCACACCACAGCCCUUUCCUCACCAUAGAACCCCCUUCUGUGCAGCUUCUGCUUAGCAGCUCCUUGCUGGACUGAUGUUGAGUUGCUGCAGGGUUUUGCCAGCUCCAUCAAGAGCAAGGUAGCGUAGCUGCUUAAAUUUCCUUCUCCGUUUCCUCUGAAGAUUAAGAGCAAGAGGAUUUGUCAGGAAGCAGGGCUUAUUUUCAGCCGAAAGCCCAUUUCAUUAAUGCAUUAAACAUUGACCAUUUGCACUGUCUAAAGGCCUGUUUAAUUGAAAAAGAAGCCUAUGUUUGAAACGAGCUAGCUACGGGGAUGUACUUGGGCACAAAUACAGGACGAAGCUCUUCAGCUCUUCCUUGCCCACCUUUGUCAUUUUAGACUUUGUCCAAAGUCAAAAGUCUCCGGCAGGUAUUUCUGACGCUUCUUUCUUUUGCAGACAGGGUAUGGAGAAGGGGGGGAAUGGUGGGUUUAGGAGGCAGCAUAGCUGCCAUAGGUCGCUGCCUUUUCUCUGCAUUGCAUUUCCCUUCCCCACUCCCUUUUUUGCCUAAGAGCUAGCUUUGUCUGAACCCCUCGCUGCUAGGAGUCUGGCUGUCCUCAUGUGAAGGCAUCCAGACCCACUGACAACUCCAAAAAGGGUUCAGCUUUUUGGUAGCUAAAAUGAAUUUCAGGGUGAGGAGACGUAAUGAGUGCUCAGGGCAGUGUGGCACGGUCCCACCGCUGUGAAGCUCUGCUCGUGAGCCGCCGUGGGACCAGUGGUCCCAUAUUCCUCUCCUUCGGAACACCACAGCAGGUUUAACAGAACAAUUCCACUCCCUGGGGAUUAGCAAAGCUCUUUCUAACAUCCCUUUAUCCCAGGGUCUCGGUGCCUAACUCCUCUUGUUCCUUUCCCACAUCACUUCCAGCAGCUAGUCGAGUCGGUGACCGUAGGACACUACUGAGUAACCUCAGCAUCUUGUUCCCCUCAGCGUUACCACAGCACACCUUCUCCUUCCUAACAGCUGGAUUUCUUGUAAGUAUAAAAUUCCUCAUCUCUGUUAAUGAGACUAAUACUUGAACAUAAUGAUCACAAUCAAGUUUGGAAAUUAAAAAAAAAAAAAGAGAAAAAAAGAGAAAAAAUUAAUAAAAAAAACCCUAAAUGCAUUGAUUCUUUAUAUGUACACUGGCUAAAAACUAUUGCUCUACACUGUAACUUUUAAGUGUAAUAUUUCUGUAUGAAUGUCGCCUGGUAGUGUGGGUUUGAGUAGCAUUGUGUAUGGGUGAACCCACUUGGCCUCAGCCGCCCACUGGCCUCCCUCACAGCCCUUGGAAACAAACAAAGCCUUAAGUAUUUGCUCCUUGAACUUUUCCUCCACGAGCAUGGUUUCAAAGAGAAAAAAACCCCACAAAACAAACCCCAAUCUUUAAAAGACAUCAUACAAAAGUUAAAAACACAGAAAAAAAAGAACAAAAAAAAAAAGAGAAGUAACCAGUUUUGAAGUGGCGUCCUAGUUGGCUAGAAAUCCUUUCCGAGUUUUUGGGUAAAUGGAGAAAUUAGGAGACAUUUCUUUGUAUUUUUUUAAGUUAGACGUGUAGUCCUGGGCUGUAACACCUCCUUAGGUUUCAGAGCUUAGCAGAGUACGUUUCCUGACUCCUUGCGUAAGUUAGUACACUUAUGGCAUUACUGAAAUCCCUUCAAGUGUACUCUGAGCCGUUCUUUAGUGGGAACUCUUCUAGCAAAGUGAAGCAAUUUGACUAAAGACGGAUUAAAUUAUGUGUUGGCUUGUGUUGCCUUAUAUUUAAAAACAGAAAAGGAAGACUUGCCUGAUUGUGUUAUGCCAAAUGAUAGCAACAUGAAGUCCUAAUUUAUUGUUUAUAAUCGUAUUCCUGCAGUCUGUGUGAAAACUGGUAAAUAUACAUCUAUGGAAGAACUAAAACCCUGAGGCUUUUCAUGCAAUAUUUUUCUCAGUACAUGAUAGUGGAAGCCGAGGUUUGAGUCUGAAGCUGCUCCCCUUACGGUCUCCCCCCAUCCUACCCCUCCUGAACCGAUCUAGGGCUGUGCGAUGACUUUAACCUGCUGACUUAGUUCUGCUACCUGAAUCCUUUUCCUUUUUACUCAAUAAACUACUGGCAUCUCCUCUGUUCAGUAGCCUGCUGCAAAUCUCAACCCAGACUGUUAUUAAACGCUGAUUUUUCUGCCUCCUGCUCUUCUCCUGCGAGAGAGAGACCGAGUGGAGUCCCGUGUCGUGCUCUUAGUGGAAGUGGUUUUGAGGCCUGGGAGGUGUUUGGGAUCGUUCUGUUCUGGGAUCGUUCCGCAGGGAGAGCUGUGACCUCUGAGACUUUGCCCCGGGGCAGCAGGACCGGGAGGCAAAAACACUCCUGAGAUUCCUCCAGGUGGGACAUUGCUUGAAAAAUGGGAAUCAUUUUACUAUUAAAAUAUACUGAAAUAUUGC